GCCUGGAUGAGUGGAUUUCAGGUUAUUUGCUGGAUAUGCAGCAGUAUUUGCAGGGAGUAUGGAGCUGUGUAAGAUCGUCGUCACACAUUUCGUUUAUCGUUAUUUAUCUUGUCGCGAACGGAGAUAAUUACAACGACCGACUGAUUAAGACGACAGACCGCAUACCAAUGGCUAUAUUUUCCCAAGCUGUGGUUUUCAAUAUUGCUAUGCAUUCAACUUUCUGAAAAAGAUAAGACAAGGCCCUAUCUAUUGCCUCUUUGCCAACCGCAACAAUGUAUCAGGUUAUAAGAGGAUUUAUACUAACGGACUCCCGAUGCUGGGAUCCCGACAGUCAAAGGUCAUACCAGGACCUGUUCGAUAAACUGGACACCAACAAGGAUGGGAAGGUGGAUGUUGCCGAAUUGAGAGCAGGCCUAACCGCAAUGGGCAUAUCAUUCCGCAAAGGUGCAGCGCAGAAAAUUGUAUCGUCCGGUGACAAAAACAAAGAUGGAGGGCUUGACUUCAACGAGUUCAACAAAUAUCUGAAAGAGCAUGAAAAGAAACUGCGCCUUACGUUCAAGAGCUUGGACAAAAACAACGACGGGCGCAUCGAUGCCUCUGAGAUUAAGCAGUCCCUUGAAGAGCUGGGCAUGGACAUCACCCAGGAAGAGGCCCAGACCAUCCUACAAAGCAUGGACAUCGAUGGUACCAUGAUGGUGGACUGGAACGAGUGGAGGGAUCACUUCCUGUUCAACCCUGCCCAUAACCUGAACGAGAUCGUACGCUACUGGAAACACUCCACGGUGCUGGACAUAGGAGAGAGUAUUGCCAUCCCUGAUGAGUUCACUGAGGAGGAGAAGACCUCGGGAGGCUGGUGGAAACAGCUGGCUGCCGGGGCGAUGGCCGGGGCGGUCUCUCGCACAGGCACCGCCCCCCUGGACAGGGUGAAGGUCUUCAUGCAGGUCCACUCCUCCAAGUCCAACCGGAUCACCCUGUUGGGAGGAUUCAAACAGAUGAUUAAGGAAGGGGGCGUGGCCUCACUAUGGCGAGGGAACGGGAUCAACGUGUUAAAGAUCGCCCCUGAGACCGCUAUCAAAUUCAUGGCCUACGAACAGUAUAAGAAGCUGCUGACUCCAGAGGGAGAGAAGGUCCAGACCUACCAGAGGUUCAUGGCUGGCUCUCUGGCAGGCGCCACGGCCCAGUCGUCCAUCUACCCCAUGGAGGUCAUGAAGACCAGACUGACUCUGGGGAAAACUGGGCAGUAUAAUGGAAUGUUUGACUGUGCCAAGAAGAUUCUGAGGAAAGAGGGCAUCAAAGCCUUCUAUAAAGGCUACACUCCCAACAUGAUCGGCAUCAUUCCCUAUGCUGGCAUCGACCUAGCUGUUUACGAGAGUCUGAAGAAUGCCUGGUUGUCCCGCUAUGCCAAAGACACGGCCAACCCUGGCAUCCUGGUGCUGUUAGGAUGUGGCACCAUCUCCAGCACGUGUGGCCAGCUGGCCAGCUACCCCCUCGCCCUGCUCCGCACACGCAUGCAGGCGCAGGCAACUCUGGAUGCGUCAGACAAGUCCACCAUGAGUGGGCUAGUGAAGGGGAUCCUGGCUAACGAGGGGUUCUUUGGACUCUACCGGGGUAUCCUGCCCAACUUCAUGAAAGUCAUUCCUGCUGUGAGCAUCAGCUAUGUGGUCUACGAAUACAUGAAGACCGGCCUGGGGAUCUCAAAAUGAGGAUUGAUCCAUCUCCGAAUGAUGCAGGGAUCGUGAAAUAGGUUGUUAGAUCGUUAGAUCUUUUAGACAGUCAACCAGAUUUGUGUUGCACAUAGACUUCUAUGUUCCCGCGUAGCCAAACAUCGAGAUCAUGUUCGCUCUGCGAGCCUCGCAAGGAGAAGCUAAGGCUAGUUCAAACUGGGCCAUAUCAGUAAACUCCAAAAAUGACAUUCACCCCUUUAACGCACAGCGAUAUGAGACAUAUCCAACACAAAAGAUGGUGCAAUAUAACUGAGAAGAACUGCAUUAUGGGUCUUACACUGUAUAAGGGGAAAGGAGAAGGUAUUCAGGUGAACACUGUUGAGAGCUUUGUCUAAAGUAUUUUCUGUUCUUCUGUAAUAUGAAGUACUCCAUGUGCACGUAAGCGAUUAUAUUAUUAUUGAAGUGUGCCUUACCCUCAGUUAAAUAUCAUAACUGUAUAUUUUAUUUGGUUGUUUUUUAUUGAUGUUUUUACACUUUCAGUGUAAUUUACAACAGCCUCAAUGCUAUGUUUUUCAUGUGUUUUUCCCCCAUAUGUAUUUCCAUUGUUGUUCUUGACUGUUAAGCUGUAUCCCUAGCAAAAUAUUUAUACUUACAAACCUGCAUGCAAAUAUUGCCUGUCAAUCAUGAAUGGAGCUGAGGGAAAGUCUUAAAAACAGAAAUUCAAUCUGCUAAUACUGGAAUUCAGAAUAAUCCCACCUGUGACACACACACACACACACACACACACACACACACACACACACACACCUGCAGUUCAAUACACACACACAC